GCGCCGCCGCCACCUCCUCCCCGUCCCCGGCCCCCUCCCGAUUCAGUCCUCUCUCCACCGCCGACCCCGCCGUCCUCCUCACCCACCGCCGCCCACCUCGUCCCUCCCUCCCCUCACCAUCUCUCCCUACCCACGCGCUAGGGUUCCGUCCCUCCGCCCCUCUCCUCCUCCCCUCCCCGCUCCCUCCCAUGGUGAACCCCGUCGCCUCCCCUCCCGGCCCCGAACUUCCGGCCCCGCCGCCUCACUGCCACCCGUCGCCUCAUCCUCUCCACUCCCCCACACGCCGGCGCCGGUGGACGAGGCCGCGGCCGUGGAGGAGUACGAGGCGCCUCCGCUGCCAUCGGGAUCUGCCGACGGAAUGGAGGCGGCAGACCACACCAGUUCUCUGCAGGCGGCGAUUCGAUGGCUGCUUUAGACCGUCCUUUCGAGCCUCGGCAAGCUGGAUGGGUGGAUUCGCCAAGCAGGGCCCUCCGGCGAGGUGGAGGGGCUGAGGGACGAGAUCGAGCAAGUCGACUAGGUCGUCUCCGCCGUGAACGACAGGGCGACCCUCGCAGCCCUCAAGCAGCUGCUCUACGACGCCGACUAUGCGGUCAACGAGCUCGACUGCUACAGGUUUCAGCAGGAGCUCCACGCCCACGGAGGCCCAUGGCAUUAGCACCAUCCCAACGAAACUGGGGGACGCAGAGGACGCUGAACCCCUAUGUGACUAGUAACUCGGUGAUUGCAAUGAAGUACAAGGAUGGUGUGAUCAUGGCAUGUGAAACUGGAGCCUCCUAUGGGUCAACUCCGCGAUACAAGAGCCUACGCCAGCGGCUGGUGGCACUGCCUAUGUUGUUGCUGCCCCUGCUGGACCAAGCGCCGCCGGCUGGCGCCAACACCGUCCAAGCGGCACAGGCUCGGCGUCAUCCUCUCCAUCUUCUCCUGGUCAGUUAGUUCACUGCCCAUAACUCUCACUUUUUGGGUCUCUGAAGAUGCACUGACCGAUUUGCUCCUAUUGGGCACGGUCCUGACGAUCGUGGCGAUGGUGAUGUUCAUCAUUGGCGUGCCGGAGAGCUGCACUGGCGCUCCUUCCUCGUCAAGCUAGGCACCGAGAACCUCAAGGGCGCCAAGCGUAAAGAGCUAUGUGAGCCCUCCUGGAAGGGGCUUCGGUUGGACCUCUUAUUGAGCUCCCCAUAGACUUUGACCCAAGGUAAACAUGAAUUUGCUUUUGUUGCUGCUGCAAAUGUCCCUGUCUUGUAGAGAAUAGUUUAUGAGCAAACCCUGUGGUAACAAAACAAUAUGUCAUGGGAGUGUGACACGUACUGUUUGUGAAUGCCUGUGAUUGGAUUAUUGGAUAUCUGUUGAUUAUAUGUCCUUAUCCAUCAUUGUCUGGUUGUUCUUGCAAGCAUUAUUAGUUAGGUUGUGUAGGUGCCAAAUUAUGCUUCUGGAUUAGUCUAUUGUUCCCUACCCUAGCUCCCUCUUUUCUGCUCCUAUAGCAUGCUCUGUUGGACUCAUGCUCUGCUCCUACACCAGUAGAUUGAUUGGUUCUAUAAACACUAGCAGCAGUACCUCAUGUACAUGUAAUUGGACUCCCAGGGUGUUGUUCUUGUAAAUUCUUCCAUGUCUCGCUCUUUUGCUGGUGCUACUACACAUGUUAGAUUGUUAGUUGUACCUGUUUCCAUCUCAAAUUCCUUAUCUUCUUGAACAUAUG